AUGGACCUUCUCUGCAACGCUUACUCAAACGCCUCGGACGACGACGAAGAAGAAGCCCGGCCACUUAAACAACCCCGACCCGAAACGAAUCGGAUGCCCCACAAACCCAACAACCCAUUUCACAAUACCAACACUCAUCAUCCUCCGCCGGCCGCAACCCAGUUUCCGGUCAUCCCUACAGAGACCCAUGUCCCCGGCAGAUACAUAUCCAAGAGAGAGCGGGCUCUACUGGGCUCCCACCCCGACCCGAACCCGAACCCGAGUACCUUGCCCACCACCUCCUCUGUGUUGGGGAGUGUUUCGGAUUGUGAUGUUCGUCGCGAUAUUAUGUCAUUGUUGAGAAAUAAAGGGAAGGGGAGUUCAAAGCCUGGUCGAAUGCCUGAAAGAAUGUCUGUGGGUCUAAAUAGACAUACCAAAGCUGUCAAUGCGCUACAUUGGUCACCUAGUCAUGCUCAUCUUCUUGCCUCUGCUUCGAUGGAUCACACAAUCUGCAUAUGGAAUGUGUGGAACAGUGACCAGAAGGUAGCUCGUGUAUUGAAUUUUCACAAUGCCGCAGUCAAAGAUGUAAAAUGGUCACGGGAUGGAUUGUUUGUGCUUUCUUGCGGAUACGACUCCUAUUCAAGGUUAGUGGAUGUUGAAAAGGGGAUGGAGACUCAAGCUUUUAAGGAGGAUCAAGUUGUCAGUGUUGUUAAGUUCAAUCCUGAAAAUUCAAAACUCUUCAUUGCUGGGGGAUCAAGAGGCAGCCUCAAGCUGUGGGAUGUUAGAAAUGGCAAGGUGGUCCAUGACUACAUUCGAGGUCAUGAUCCUAUCCUUGAUGUCGAAUUCACCAAGAAUGGCAAGCUGAUUAUUUCCUCAAGUGAUGUAUCUGGACGAAACCUUAGUGAGAAUUCUAUUGUUGUUUGGGAUGUUUCACGAGAAGUUCCUCUCUCUAAUCAGGUGUACGUAGAAGCAUUCACCUGUCCCUGUGUUAGAUUCCACCCUUUCGAACAAUCGUUUGUUGCCCAGUCAAAUGGUAAUUAUAUCGCAAUCUUCUCUGCAAGCCCUCCCUUCAAGAUGAACAAGUACAAGAGGUACGAAGGCCAUGGGGUAUCAGGGUUUCCAAUAAAAUGUGUGUUUAGCUUGGACGGGGAAAAGCUACUGUCAGGCUCCUCAGAGGGUUCAGUAUACUUCUAUGAUUAUGGGACUUCUGAGGUUAUCAAGAAAAUCAAGGCAUUUGAGCAGGCCAGCAUAGAUAUUGCUGUCCACCCAAUCAUACCUAAUGUGAUUGCUGCUUGCAGUUGGAAUGGAGAAGUUUCUGUGUUUGAGUGAGAUGUUCAUCUAAACUUUUUCCAUUGCAAGGCAGUCUUUGUUUUUCUAAGAGAGAUCGAUGCAGAUGGAUAUAAGUCUAUAACUAGAAAAUGAAAAGGACAUACAACUGCGCAAAGAACUUUUGCUUGUAUUGUUUUCAUAUCUACCAGGUAACUACAUAUUUAGGAUUUGAAUCUUAUUGUUGUGUACUGCUCCAGCGUUUGUGGGUUUGAUUUUCGUCUUGUAGAUCUUUUAUCCUAAAAAGCUAGGCUAAAGAGGUCAUGUCACUUUUGUAUUUCACAUCAUACACAGUGUUUGAUAACCCUUUAUUUGGAACUCCUUCAAGUA